AUGAAAACAGUCCUGAUUAGUGGUGGGGCGGGUGGACUUGGUACGGAAAUAGCGGCGCUGGCGCUGGGUCAGGGCUGUAAGGUGAUUGCGCUGGUUCGCAGCGUUCAGUCUGCUCAGCUGCUGUCACAAAAGCUCGACAAUCCGAAACAGCUGGUGGUGCUUCCGGUUGACCUGAAUGACCCGUCGCUGCUGGCUGUGCUGGACCCAGAAAUCAAUGACGUGGAUGUACUGAUCAACAAUGCCGGUGUAGCCCGGCCGACGACGGUUGAAGAAGCCGGUAGCCUGCAGCGGAUAUUUGCGGUGAACUAUUUUUCUGCGGUGAGCCUGAUACAGCAGGUGUUGCCAGGCAUGCGUCAGCGCCGCCAGGGUCUAAUUAUUAACGUCAGCUCGCUGUCGGCUCACAUUGGGUUGCUCGGUGAUGGCGUCUAUUCGGCUUCAAAAGCCGCACUGGAGCGAACUGGCGAAAGCCUGAGAGCUGAAGUUUCACCCUUUGGUGUUCGGGUGGUGAACGUAGUGCCCGGGGCAAUUGCCACCCCAAUGCAGCAAAAAAUGAAAGGCGCAAUGAGCGCUGACUCCAGCUCACCUUAUUACCUGCUGAUGGAGAAGCUGAUGGAGGGUGUCGGCAGCGGUGGCGCUAAUGCCAACGCGAUCGCGGAGGAAAUUGUAGCGCUUGUCGAUCAACCCGAUCCGCCGUUGACAGUGCCAGUGGGUGAUCAGGCGCGGGCUGUGGUCAGGCAGCUCGGCUUGAUGUCCGAGGCGCGCAGAGUUGAGUUGGUCAACGAAUUUUCAGACGCUCAAUGGUGGCGAACGCUGGAAGUCGAAACGAUGGGUGAGAGAUCGGGUUAG